AUGCAGCGAAUCACCGCGCGUUGCCUUCGUUGGAAGAAGACAAACAUCGAAAAGGGUAGUCUACCGGUAUCUGAACUCAGACAUGCUCAUAACAUCCUCAUCAAAGCACUACAAGCUUUACAUUUCUCCAAGGAAUUGCGACACAUCGCCAACAAAGAACCUCAAGUCGGGGGAAAAUUACAACGUCUCAACUCCUUCAUUGACAAAGAGGGGAUAUUGCGAGUCGGAGGACGACUUAAAAAUUCAUCAAUCCCAUUCUCACAACGUCAUCCCAUUGUCCUACCGAAGGCACGCGUAACUUCCUUAAUCAUAGAAGCCGAACAUCGUACUCAAUUGCACACCGGCGUGCAAAACACCUUAUAUGCCAUCAGGCGCCGGUACUGCCCCAUUGACGGCCGAAGUCAGGUAUGGAAAGCCAUAAAGACCUGCUUAUGCUGUCUCCGGGCGCAACCACCACCGGUUAACUACAUAAUGGGCAACCUGCCCGAAGCAAGGGUCACCGAAUCUCGACCUUUCACAAAUACCGGUGUCGAUUAUUGCGGACCAUUCUAUAUCAAGGAAAGAAGGCAUAGAAAUCGGACUCGCGUUAAGGUUUACGUAGCAGUUUUUGUGUGCCUCGCGGUCAAGGCCGUUCAUUUGGAACUGGUUAGUGACCUUACAACCGAAGCUUUCUUAGCCGCAUUUCGACGGUUCAUAGCUCGACGGGGGUUAUGCAAAAAUCUGUAUUCAGACAAUGGGACAAAUUUCGUCGGGGCUUGCAAUGAAUUCCGAGAGAUACACGAGCUCUUAAAAUCAGACGACCACACCCAGAAGGUGAAGACCUUCCUAGCGAGUCGAUCCAUUGAGUGGAAUUUUAUCCCACCCCACGCGCCACAUUUUGGUGGCUUGUGGGAAGCAGCAGUAAAGGCGUUCAAACAUCAUCUGACCCGCGUAAUAGGCACUGAACUAAUCAUUUUUGAAGACCUAAACAUAUUAAUCAUUGAAAUAGAAGCAAUCCUGAAUUUGCGUCCUCUGACACCCAUUUCUACCGAUGCAAAUGAUCUCCUCGCAUUGACACCUGGACAUUUCCUUAUUGGCGAUUCCCUCACGAGCCUGCGCGAGCGCAACUUCACAGAUACUCCUGCAAAUCGUCUGUCAAGCUGGCAGCACGUCUAA